AUGAUGGAUUUUGUUCGCGGUGAGAAAUUAGGGCAGGGCAGCUUCGCCACCGUGAGUUUGGCGUUUUCCAGGGGCGGCAACCCUUCUCUGCCGCCGCUCGUGGCGGUCAAGUCUUGCGGAGCUUCUCUCUCCUCUUCACUCGCCAACGAAAAAUCAAUUCUACAGAAGCUCCGCGGCUGCCCGGAGAUAAUACGCUGUUUUGGGGACUGCGUUUCUUUCGAGAGAGGCGAGCGCCUCUACAAUGUCCUGCUCGAGUACGCCCCCGGCGGCUCCCUCGCCAACCGGGUCAAACAAUCCGGCGACCUUGGGCUGCCGGAAUUCGAGGUCCGGAGGCACACUAAGGCACUUCUCCGUGGGCUGACCCAUAUCCACAGCUCCGGCUAUGUCCACUGUGACAUCAAGCUCCAAAAUGUGCUCAUCGGCGCCGACGGCGCCGCCCGGAUCGCCGACUUCGGCCUGGCGAAGCGCUCCGGCGGCGGCUCCGUAGGGUCCCAGCUGCGGGGGACGCCGAUGUACAUGUCGCCGGAGAUGGUGGCCGGCGGGGAGCAGGAGCCGCCAGCGGACGUCUGGGCGCUGGGUUGCGCGGUGGCGGAGAUGGCCGGCGGAGGCACGGCGUGGGAGGGGUUCUCCGAUGCGGCGGCGCUGAUGAUGAGGAUUGGGAUGGGGGAUCAGGUGCCGAGGGUGCCUGGGUGUCUCUCCGGCGAGGGGAGGGAUUUUUUGGCGAAGUGCUUUGUGAAGGACCCCAGGCGGAGGUGGACGGCCGAGAUGCUUCUGAACCACCCGUUCGUGGCCGGAGAAUAUGACCGGAACAAGGGCGCGGCGGCGGAGUCGGAGUCUCCAAGGUGCGUAUUCGAAUUCGAUCACCCAGAUUGGGUUUCGGAUUCGGAUUCGGAUUCGACCGGGGAAGAAGGGCAAUUUGGGGAAGAUGAAUUGUGGUUUUCAGAUGAGCCGUCAAGUAAGGUGGCGGCGCGGCUGGGGGAACUUGUUUGCGAAAGGGGAUACGAUUGGUCGGCCUCCGAUGGCUGGGUCACCGUCCGGUGA